AUUAACAAGAAAAUAGUUUAGAAAAACAUUUACUCUUAAACCUUAUAGAUUUUGAAGAAAACUUUUUUGAUUGUUUUUUCGUGUCUAGCGAUUCAACUACGUGGUGCCAAUCAAUACGAAAAUUGAAUUUCAAUAAAUUGAAAAAAUUGCUAGACUAUUUGUUUUUAAUAAUGCAAACGUGCAAUCAGACUAUCCUAGGCAAAAAUCAGAUGAGUUCACGUGAGCUAAAAAUUGCAAUUGCAGGCGACAUGGAAACUGGGAAAACUUGUCUUGUCAACAGAUUUUUAGACAAUGUGUUCACGGACAGAUACAAGAUGACAAUUGGGGCUGAAUUCAAAAGCAAAGCAUUGAUGAUUGAUGAUGAAAAAGUUCGACUUCAGAUUUGGGACUUAGCCGGUCAAUACAGGACUAAAUAUUCAGUCACCAGGAAUUUUUUCAAAAACGCCAAUGGAGUUAUAAUAACAUUCAGUUUGGCUGGGAUGGACGGCUCUAUGAAGAGUUUGUCAGAGUGGCGCAAUAUGUCUUUGACUGUGCUCGACGAUGAUGUGCCAUGUUUUCUAGUUGGAACCAAGUGUGACUUAGGUACAAUCGACACAAGAAGCAUUGAAUUACUAUGCGAAGUGAACAACUUCCAUAAAUGGUACAUGACGUCAGCCAAAGACGGAAAAGGAGUAGAUACAUUGUUUGAAGACAUUUCGCGAGUGAUGAUUGAGCACCAGAAACAAAAAUGGGAGAACAUUCGAAACACAAAAUCGGCAGUGAAUUUGAAUGACCGGAGUAAUGGAUUAAAACGCAUCUGUCAUUGCUGA